AUGAAAAAGGCUGCUAAAAGGGCCGAUGCAGCAACCGCGGCUGCGAGUGACGAUGUCGCUACGACUACCAUCAUCGAUGGCCAGCGGGUUUCUGUGACUGACGGCUUGCCGGGGCGCGGCACGCGCUCGACGGGAAAUGUGAUUCUGGCCAGGUUCCUCGCAAAAAUUAAGUCACAGAGAGCGCGCAUCAUUUGCCUGAGCCAGUGUGACAAAGCUGCUGAGGAGGCGACUGCGGAGAGCAGUCACGCUGAGGCCAUGCAGCUCAGAGAGGACUGCGUCGCGCUCCAUGAGGAGUUUAAGCGUGAGCAUGCUCUCAUUGAAAAUGCGUGCCCGGCGGUGUUGCUCAGAAAUGAGUAUUUCAGUCAGAGUGCGUUGGGAGCCGCGCAGCAGGCACACUCGAGGUCUACGAGAUUCAUAACCUGGCUGCUCGCUGCCCAUCCGGAUCCACAGGCAAACUCAACAGCGGCAUCAACUACUUUCAGUCACACUCAACGAGGCAAGCUCCCGGAGAUUAAGCUUCCGCAAUUCUCUGGCAACUACACAGAAUGGGUGAGUUUCCGAGAUCUUUUCUCAAGUAUUAUGGAAGACGAGAGGCUCAUCGAUUUGGAGCUCCUUUACUACCUGCGAGCGUCGCUCUCGGGCCAGCCAGCGAAGCUCAUGGAGGGACUCCCUAUCACUGCUGAAUCCUUCAAGAUCCUGCUGCAGGCCAAGAGACGCAUUCCACCGAUGCGUGUUGGCAGCGUUGGGUCGCUGAUGGAUUUGGCAACGGAGAGUCGCAAGCUUCGCAAGCUUAUUUCUUGCCUUGUUUCUGCUCAAGAGGUGCUGGAUGCCUUGUUCGUUGAUGAGCUGCUCCGAGCGUUGGAUCAACCUACCAAAAGGGCUUGGGAAACAUCGACACCUGCAAGAGCCGACUUUCCGGCAUGCGAAGCCUUGGAGGAGUUUUUGAUCGAGCGGGCCCAAGCCUUGGAGAUGGUUGAUGCUCAGUUAAACAAGAGACAAGAUAACUCAUCCACAUCUAGUAAGACUCAAUCCAAACUGAGCAAAGCUCAGCACGCUCAUACAGAUGAUAGACCGGCUCCUCCAGUGUUCCCGUGCACGUACUGCAACCAGCAACACUUUAUUGCUAGCUGUCCGGCAUUCGCGGCCCUCUCCAUUGACCAACGAUACCAAUUCGUGGAUAAAAAGCCUUUGUGCUUCAACUUUUUGGGCCGCCAUGCUGCUGCUAAGUGUAUGAACACGAAGACGUGCCAAACCUGUGCAGUAGCCCAGGUACGUGCUCCAGCUGCACAUCAUCAUCUCAGGCUUCUGAUCGAUCAAGGUUCAGAAUUAUCAUAUAUUUCGGAAGAUGCUGUGAAGCGUCUGCAGCUGAUGCGCACGAAGUCCAACAUCUGUAUCCUGGGUAUUGAAGGCAACGUAGUCAGUAAAGCACUUAAUAAAGUAGAACUCAGAUUGUUUUCAUUAUAUUCUGACUCCAGCGUCGAUGUGGUGCUCCACGUUUUGCCUAGAGUAACAGCUCCACUACCAUCUUUUCAAUUUAAGACAAGAUCGUGGCUGCAUACGGAGUUUCUGGAGUUAGCUGACCCCCAUUUCUAUCUGCCACAAGACAUAGACUUGCUACUUGGCACUGACUACUAUUCAGCUAUAAUCACCUCAGAUCUGCUCAGAGGUUCUUUAUCAGAACCUAUAGCUCAACGUACACUGUUUGGUUGGAUUUUAUCGGAUUGCGUUAACCAGCCUGUUACAAAGAUUACUCGUCACACUCACCAUAUCGUUUCAAAAAUAGAAGAUAAACUCCAGGAAUUACUCAUUAACUUCUGGAUUCAAGAAGAGGUCCCUUCAAAGUCAAGCUCGCAGCUUACACCAGAGGAACAGGAGUGUGAGGAACACUUCGUGCGAACUCACUCCCGGGAUAGCACCAGAAGAUACGUGGUGAAACUUCUACUGAAGCAAUCUCUAUCUCUGCUGGGCAACUCAGUUAAUCGUGCUCGUAAAUGCUUCGAUCGCACGGGGGCCAGGUUCAAAACAGACGAUAAGUACGACAAGCUCUACACAAAUUUUAUGAAUGAAUAUUUGAGUCUUGGCCAUAUGCGACUGGUGCCUGCAGAUAAGCUCAACAUCAAGCCUCAUUUUUAUCUGCCUCAUCACGGCGUAUUGAAGGAAGAUGGAGACAACGCCAAAAUCAGGGUGGUUUUCAAUGGAUCAGCCCUUACUUCCUCAGGACAUUCACUCAACAGCAUAACUCACACGGGACCUAAUCUACUGCCAAACGUAACAGAUAUACUCUUCUGGUUACGCACAUUCAAAUGGACUUUCUCUGCAGACAUCUCCAAGAUGUAUCGUCAGAUCAAGGUUCAUCCAGACAAUUGGGAUCUUCAGCAAAUCAUGUGGCAUAGCAAAACUCACAAGGAAGCUCACUUCCAGCUCACCACAGUGACCUACAGGACGAAGCCUGCUCCAUUUCUGGCCACACGCUCCCUGCUGCAGCUGGUGAAGGAUGAAGGGCACCGUUACCCCCAGGCGGCCCGGAUUUUCACCAGCGGCAGAUAUGUGGACGAUAUUUUUGGUGGAGCGGAGACUCCAGAUAAGUUGAACGAGCAGGCCCUCCAACUCAAGGAGCUGUGCAUGGCGGGCGGAUUGCCCCUGACUAAGGAUUCGCCAGGAUUCAGUUACUCAAACUCCAGUGAAGAAUCAGCACUCUUUCUCGAUGACUGUCAUGCUGAAGUACCACUUUCAGACAAUCUCACCUUUCAGUGCACACUCAAGUCUCUCAGUCAAACUCCAACGACAAGAAAAAUUCUUUCAGAAAUAUCUCAAAUCCUCGAUCCUCUUGGAAUAGUUGCUCCAGUGAUUGUUGCAGCCAAACUCAUCAUUCAGAAAUUGUGGCUACUUAAAAUUACAUGGGAUACACCCAUACCAGAUGCUCUCGCUCAGAGAUGGCUACAAAUACGAGAUGAUCUAGCCAAACUCUUCGGAGUGACGUUCCUACUAAGGCUUACUCAGUCCAGCUCCACAUUGCACAAACUCUAUCUUAUCACAGCCACCCUCUUACUUGCUUGUGCCAAGUUCAAAGCCUUACACACACACCUGAAAUCAUCCGUAGCUGUCACUGCAGAACUCAUCACUCAAGCUAAGCUCUUACUGAUCAGAUUAACUCAACAGGAAUGUUUCAAGGAGGAAAUCAAGAUGCUCAAAGCAGGUUCUCUACCAAAGGGCCAUGUUUUCCACCGGUUGAUGGCAUAUACUGAUGAUGCUGGCAUACUGCGUGUGGGAGGCAGACUCAUGAAUGCCAAGCUCAGACCUGAUGCAAAACAUCCUGCCCUACUUCCUCGUCAAGCUCAAUUCACCAGUUUGGUUAUCGAUCAGGCUCAUCGGCAAACUCUACAUGAAGGAACUCAGCUCACUCUUAGCAAAACUCAUCAAGAGUUUGGGAUAAUCAGUGGAAGGGCCCCCAUCCGAUCCAGAAUCCUCUACUGUGUCAAAUGUGCCAGGUACCGGGCACAAAGAGCACAACAACUCAUGGGACAGUUACCCAAGGCCAGGGUGACUUCCUCCAGACCGUUUGCUCAUACAGGUAUCGACUACGCAGACAGGGCUCUUCAACAGUUAUACUCAGAAGCAAUCAGUCAAAAUUCUCAUCUAUCAGCCAUGCUCGCCCAAGAUAGAACGUCAUGGCACUUCAACCCUCCAGCUGCUCCUCACAUGGAAGGAAAAUGGGAGGCAGUAGUGAAGUCGAUGAAACACCAUCUCCAUCGGACUAUGGGAGAGACUCUUUACACGCUUGAAGAGAUCACGACGUUGCUCACUUAA